AUGGCCUUGUUUCAUCUUUUACUUUCGCCAUGGACCAUUGUUGGGAUCAUUCCGCUGUGGCUAUCCACUUAUUACAUUUAUCCCUACUACGUGACGUAUCGCUCAUUACACCUUGUCCCGGGGCCCUUUAUUGCCAAAUUCAGCAAUAUUUGGGUCGGAUCAAGUGCCCGACGUGGCCAGAAAUACGCCGCGGUAGACUCGGCACACCGAAAAUACGGCAAGGUUGUGCGUAUAGGGUUCAACCAUGUGUCCAUUGCAGAUGAAUCUGCACUCAAUAUUGUUUACGGACACGGAAAUGGGUUUUUGAAAGAUUAUUACUACGAAGCAUUUGUCGCACGAACACCAGGCAUGUUCAACGUACGCGAUCGAGCAGAGCAUACACGCAAGCGAAAGAUCAUCUCCCAUGCCUUUUCACCAAGAUCAGUUGCGGAUUUUGAACCGCACAUGGCUGAUAAUUUGCGGCGUUGGAUUGUACAAUUGGACCGGAUCGCCGCAUCUCGACCCCAAAUCAAUGAGGAGGAAUUCGGCCGAUUCAAUGCGAUGCCUUGGUUUAGCUAUCUUGCAUUUGACAUUAUCGGAGACUUGGCAUUUGGAUCUCCGUUUGGCAUGGUCAACCGGGGAAAAGACGAGACUCAGACACAACUUGUGGAAGGAGGGCCUGUUUCCUACGCGUCGGCGGUUGAGGCUAUCAAUCGACGUGGUGAGAUCUCUUCAACUUUAGGUCUUCUUCCGGCAUUGCGGCCAUGGGCGAGAUAUCUCCCCGAUCCAUUCUUUACAAAGGGAGUCGCGGCAGUGGAGAAUCUCACUGGAAUUGCUAUCGCUGCUGUUGCAUCUCGGUUGGAUGCUGCAGAGAAAGGGAUCGCAGACUCUCGCAAUGAUAUCCUGUCGCGUUUGCUGCAAGCUAAAGAUGCAAAUGGACAACCUAUGGGUCGGGAUGAGCUCAUUGCAGAGGCACUGACGCAACUGAUCGCUGGCUCUGAUACGGUCUCUAACACAUCCUGUGGUAUUUUCUACUGGAUACUUGACGGGGAACGCAACGCACCAAACACAAUAAUCCCUCGGUUACAAACAGAGCUCAAUCAAGCAAUUGGUUCUGACGCAGAUAUUGUGAAUUACUCACAAGUCAAAGACCUUCCCUUCUUGCGCAGAUGCAUUGACGAAGGAAUGCGCCUGCAUUCGACCUCGGCUAUCGGUCUACCGCGUCUGAUAGCUGAUUCAUGUGCAGGUGUUGAAUUUGAAGGCUUUCACUUACCACCUGGAACGAUUCUUUCAGUGCCAUCAUAUACAAUUCAUCAUAUGAAGGAAGUCUGGGGCGAUGAUGUUGACGAAUUCAAACCUGAUCGCUGGUUGAAUCUUACUCCCCAACAGAAGAUCGCGUUCAAUCCAUUUUCAUAUGGUCCUCGAGCAUGUGUUGGGCAGAAUGUUGCUAUCAUGGAGCUGCAACUGAUUAUUGGGACUCUGUUUCAUCGAUAUGAGUUUGCUUUGUACCAACCGACGAUGGAGUCUCACGAGGGGUUUUCUAAGAAACCCAAAGAGUGCUAUGCGGGUAUCAGACUGAGGAAUCACGCUUAA